UUCGCCGUGUUGAAAUGAUGUGGCCCAACAGUGGAAGCACCCGCCCGAACUCUGUCACCACUUUUGACCGUCUAGUAGCCGCCGUUAGUCCUUUUUUCUUCCUUUGAACUUUGUGUGGAGGAUUGCUGAAAAUUUUCUCCCUAGGUGAUCCGCUUUUUUGCGUUGUCCGUCGCGGUUGAUGUCGAAUUUUUUUUUCGUGUUUCGUGAAAUUUUGAUGUGAUUACCGGAAUUUUAUAAGGACUUCAGCCCCCGAGUCUGGGUGUAUACCGAUGAUGGGUCGUUUUUCCAAAUUGAUCCAGCUGUGAGCAAAAUCGGCUACGCUGGCCGAUCGGAAGGAGGAAAUUUCUUCUAGAAGGAUACAUGAAAACAGGUGGAUAGUUGUGGUACUCGGUGUCGUUUGAAAAUGCGCAAUUUUCCAGGUGAACAGGUGACCGAAACGUGAUUAAGCUGGCCAAGGUGUCCUCCAAAGGAUUCUGAGUUCAAAGGUGAAUUUUCAGCUGUAUCGAUUUAUUGUUUUUUUGUUGCAUCCCUGGUCCCUCCUGUAUCGUUUCAAAAGUUUGACAUCUCUCUGUGUGUGGUGAGCCUGAGCACAUCCCUCCCGCUAUCUCUGCGGAUAUGCGGUGCAAAAAAGCUGUGCUUGCUAGCUGUCAGUGGGAAAUGUCAGUGUUACGAGUGUAGUGUGAAAGGUCCCAAAAUGUUCAACCACCAAAAACGGCGCUGUGAGAGAAUCCUACGCGAGAGAUGAUGAUGAUGUUCAAGUAGUGUCGCCGCCGCCAAGUUCAAACAAUGAUGAAGCUGUAGAAGCUCCCCCAGCAUUCCCAAAAUUCUCUGGGAGGCUCCUCCUAUCUGUGUGUUUGCGUUGGAAAAGUUCGUGGCCGAUGUGCAACUGUCAAAGGAAGCAUAAACUCGAGUUAGUGCACUCUCCUUUCAAGAGAGAUAAAGAGACUCGAAUCCUAAAGCUCUCUCUCUCACUUCCCAAAAAGAGGAGAGCGCCCGAAAGCUUUUCAACCGAAGUGAGCGGAUGUGAUUUUCACGAGAAAAUCCUUUGCCGAUCGUAGGUGUUGUCGUCGGUCGAAUAUCAAAUAAAGGAAUAGUAGGCACUGUGAAUUCACACCUGCUUGCUCUCACCGCCGUCUUCCGCGAAAUAGUAGUGGUAUUAGUGCGGCCAGCAAACUUGUUGUAAGGACCUUUCCCAAUUUUCCUGCCUCAACAACGAACGAUAGGUGGGUACGUGCGCUCGCUUUUGAUGGGAUGUGGGCAUAAAUCUGGCUGAAAACGCUCGCUCCCGGCUUCCAGAGUUUUGUCAGCCCGCCCACCAAUCAGCCAAUCGAAUCAAUUGGGGAUGAUUUAGUGGAAAAUAAAAUAUCGGAAAAUAUCAGUCAGUAGUGUGGAAUCGAAGCACGUUCCGGGUACGUGUGCGGUGGAAAGAGUCCCCGAAUUUCGACGAAGCCACCGGAAAAGGAAAUCUCCGUUCAGAUGUAACCAACGAUUUGUCCCGAUCGCUCCAAUUCAAAGUCUAUUAGUAGGCUUAGACAAAAGGAGUGUUCCUGUGUUUUUGUGUGUGUCUAUUUAGUGUCAAAACAUAUAGUGGGCGGCGAAAAAAUAUAAAGAAUAAAGCGAAUAGAACAGUGAAGUGCAUCUAGGAUCCGAGGAUUGUUGCAUGCUGCUGAAUCGAAUUUCAUCGACUGACAUUUGGACUAAUGGCGGUGUGGAGAAACAGGUGCUCGUAGAUUCUAGAUAAAAAAGACCGACCAAACAGGAGCAUCGCAAGUGUGCGGAACAUUAGUCAACUGACUCCAAUCAACAAAAAAUCAACCCAAAAUCUGGCUGUGCAAAGAAAAUUAUUCUAAUAAUACAAACAAACCAACCAUGAGUUCUAAAUUAAUGCCACUUUCAACGAACUAAACACCGCAAAAACCGAUUAUAGGAAUUAUUGAAUUAUAGUAAGACCAAGGAAUUAUAGUACUCAAGAAAUAAAAAUGGCAGCCGUAGUGUACGGGACCAGUCCGCGGCACAGCAGCCGGCAUCAUCAUUCGGGGGCGGCAUCGUCGCAAGGUCACCUGGUAGGGGUGCCCCAUUCGCCGUACCAUCAGCCACCCCCGCAGCAUCACUCACUGCCACCGGUGCCCCCGCAUCAUCAUGGCGUUGGCAGUUCGUCGGCGUCGAUGGCGGCGGCCGCUGCAGCAGCUGCCCUUUCGCAGCAGAUCAUAACACCGCCGACGUCGUAUUUGUCCACCUCGACGACGACCAUCUCGCAAACGACGCAUCAACAAACGAUCUACUAUCAGCAACAGCAACAGCAGCUGCUACUACAACAGCAACAGCAGAUUCACUAUCACAAUCUGCGGAACUCGAAGCGGAAGUCGGCGGUGGAGCUGCUUGCGGAAAGUAAACCCUUCUACGUCAAAUCGGAAACGGUGCUCGAUAGGCAGCAGCAGUUGCAGAUGCGCAGCGGGCAGGUGCCGGGACCGGUUUCGGGAUCAUACAUGCUAUCCCCCUCGAGGAGUCUACCGCAACCUAGCUCCCAGAUGCAACCGACAUCGCAUCUCUCGGCACAAUCGCAGCAGCAACCGCAACGUCCGGCCAAUCGGCGCAGCGCAUCAUCCGGAUCGGAUCUGCUGCAGACUAAACUACGCAAGCUGCUCAACACCGGUGACAGCAAGGAGACAAUAAUCCCUCCGGACGUCGUCGGAGGACUCAAUUCUAAAUACGUAUCGCAGCCGCUGGAAACGAGCUACAUAGCUGGGGCGGGACUAGUCGGGACCCUCUCGGACUGUAUCAACGAUAUCGGUUACAUCCAGCCACCGAAAAGCUACCAACAGCAGCUGACCGUACACCCGGAGCAGCCGAGCGACAUGUCGGUGUUCUUCCCUAGUGCAUUCCUAUCGCCUCAAUCGCUGCCACCACAUCCGGCGGCCGACGACGAUCUCUACCUGUACGGCGUCCACGAUAGCCUGGUGCUGACCGAUGACUACCGUGCGAUCAGUCCCCCGGCCGAGUACGCCGAAAACAGCGCUUCACCCGAAAAGCAUAGUAAUAGUCACAGUCGUUACAACUACCAGCGUUCAUACUCGCACUCGCAGGCUGUGGUCCACCAGGACGCAUCGGACUAUUCGCCAACGCAGUCCUACAACAUCAACAGUCACAAGUCACUGCCGGAUUUGCAUUCUCAGAUCAGCAGACACUCGCCGCACUCCGAGGCGCUGAGUUGCUGUAGCCGAGGCAAUCGAUCCAAUCGAUCGGGCAGUUCGUUCAAUCGGGACUCCGGUGGCUCUUCCGGCCAUUACACGCACCACAGCGAACCGUGUUGCAAACAGCAGCAGCAACAGCAACAACAACAACAGCAGCAAAAGGACGCCCUCAUGAUGGGUGGCGCAGAUUAUCGGCGGGACAGUGGAUCGUCAACCCAACACAGUGGCAACUCUUACUACGCCUAUGGAAUUCCGCCGCUACGAUACGAUUGUAUCGAGUGCCGGGCGAAAAUCCGCGAAGAAGCCGACUGUUUGCUAAACUUCACCACUCCCGAAGUUCCGGAGGCCUUCCAGGACGACUACAGUGAAAAGCAGAAACAGAAAUACUACGACGAUGUUGCACGGGACCGAGAUCGUAUUUCCAGUAGCGCUCGCAAGUAUUACAAAAACCCUGGACCAAUGUCACCCCUAUCGCCUGUCUCUCCGUUGUCGCCGCAGGACCAGCAAAUCGAUCUGAGUCCCCCGUUGGGAACUUUCAAACGACAGAAAUGCCUUCGAUUCAAAAAUCGUGGUCGUCAAUCGGCCGUCAGCAAUCCGAACUCACGCUGCAGCGAUGGCCGCGGAAGUCAGACUGGAGAUGACGAUCGGCGUCCGAUAUUGCGAUCAAAGAGCGACAUCAGCGAUCGCUACUGGAACCGCCUAUCAGAGCGCAACGAACGCGAGCGGGAUCGAGAACGGGAACGAGAGCAGCAGCAGCAGCAAAAGCUACUUGAGAAGCAACGAUCCCGAUCCGAUAGCCUCACGCAGCUGGAACACUUCUUUGAUCGACUGGGGCUGAACGAGGAAACCUACGAACGCAACAUAGCUCCAGCGAAACCAGUCCGCAAACCACCGACGUCGCAAACCGCCUAUAAGAGCAACUCGUCCGGCAGUGAUAUCCAUCGCGAUCGGGUGUCGGCCGAAGAAACCGGUGACUCGGACGAAUCCAGUGCCGUGUUCUUCUCCGAUGUCAGCACCAUCGAUUCGACGCGGCUUCCGGACAGCACGGAAACGAGCAACGAUCAGCAGAUUCAGCCACCGGGCGCCGCUGGGCAACCCGUUGUCGGAGGUGGCGGACCGCUGAACAGCCUCUCCAAUCCGACCAUGUACCGACCGAGCGAACCACCGUCUAUCAUCGAGCGGAACGCCCGCAUCAUCAAGUGGCUGUGCAACUGCAAGAAGAUGCAGCUUGCCUAAGGGUGGUUGAACGACCGCGGGCGGGCGCCGGCCAGGCACUCGGUGGUGGUGGAUGUGAAACAAGUCGGUGGCGGUCGCUACCGGACCAUCGAUCGCGUUCCGGCCAAAAGUCGGACUUCCUACAGGGAUGACGACGGGUUUUAGAGGAAAGGUGGUAUUUCGACAGAACCCGAAAGAUAGAUUCGUGAUCAAAUUUUAAUAGAGAUGGCGGUCUCACCGUGUUAGGCAUAGAGGCACAGAUUUUUCCUCUCCAUUAUUCAAGCCUUAUUUUUAGAGAUUUAGGACAAUCGGAUUUCCUACAACCUGCUCAACAUUUUUUCCUGACUUUUCAGAGAAGUAUACAACGCCUUUGCGGAGCUUACGUUUCAAUGCCUCUGUUGAUCACCAAUUCUCCACACAGCAGUUGAUCAUGUAAUCUACGAGCUCUUGGUUUGACGGAAGCAGCGUGGCUUCGGCUUUCUCUGCUUCUUAUAUGCCUCUGGGCCCAAUAUUACCUUGGCACGAUGGACGGUGCUACGAGAGGAUCCCACUUUUUUUGGCCACAUACCAAACUGAGGCAGUUUUAUAACUGGUCUAAGCACGCAUGACUUUCCGGUCCAAAGUUUUGUCCACCGGACUCGGUUUUCGCCCAGAUUUUUUUUUAUCCACGAAGCUACUUUCUUCUCCAAACUUCCGAAUCGAAUUUUAGAACGCUCCAAUACUUACUUUCAUUCUCGCAAACUGACUCAGCGAAAUGCACGAUAUUUUUGCUAUUUUCCAGGAAACUUCUUCGAAUUUUCAAAAAAAAAGUGUAUCUCACGAUACACAGAGUUUUGAGUAAAACUGUAAACAAUAACACCCAGCAGAAAUCAACUGUUAAACGUCAUCCGGAAUAAGCAGGGUUGUUUCAAAAUCGUGCUUAGACAUAGGGCCUUAUUACAUAAGACGAAUCACGAGCCAUUUUACUCGAGUGAGCCAUUUUGGUAUUACAGUAGCCGAGUCGAGUCGAAUUUCAGUCGAGUUGCCCCACUGAGUCGACUGCUUGAAGGUUCGUGACUCAGCUGUUUCACUCGACUACCGCGAUACGACAUUUCGCUCGACUCGACAGCGACUUGAGUCGAGUCGAGUUACUCGACUCGUUUUAUGUAAUAGGGCCCAUAAUGGGACACCCUAUAUGGAUUCAUUAUCCGCUGGAAGCUACUGAGACUUUUUCUCAACCCGACAGGGAACUUUGUAAAUUCGAAACAUUCAGAUGGUCAGAUAAAAAAAAAGCAAAUUACUUCUCUUUCGUUACAACCAGGUAGUUUGAGAGGGAAAAAACUUGAAACAGCACGGCUGAAGGUUUUAGAAAAUUCUUCAGAGUCAGUGGAUGAAAAGCCCUUACCCUUAAUUUUAUGCUAAUACCCAUCAUUAACUGGAAGCUAUCAUGGCUCAUAUUUGAAUCCGAUGGAAAUUUCAUAAACAUGAAAAGUUCACAUAUAAAAAAAAGAAAUUAAUGGUACCAAGCGAGAUUAAAAAAAUCAACUGAGGGUAAAAUUUGUAAAAUCCAACUUGCUGUUCAUUUAGUCCGAUUUUGACUAAAAUAUGGGGAUAACGGCAUUACGAGUUCGAACGUUUCCCCUUUGACCUAAAACUAUCUCCGAGUAGCUUUCAACGGAUAAUGGCAAUCAGACUAUAAUCCAAUUUUUUUAGCCCAAUGAGUUCGAAUUCGUUGUCCAAAUUUCUUAAGAAUUUUGGUAACUCGUUCAGGCUGAAAAAACUCUCGAAUUCGUCCGAAUUCGUAUUUGAUCGGUUCAAAAAUAAUACUGGCUUACUGUGAUAGCCGCUAUCAUUCGUUGGAAGCUAGUUGGUGAUGUGUUCAGGCCAAACGUAAAACAGUUCAAUUCAUAAAUUCCGUUAUCAUCAUGUUUCGGUGAAAUUGUUGAGAAUUUAGUAGUAGAUUGCCAAUUUAUACAAUUUAAUGAUUUUAGGUUUGAAUUGGGGGGGUAGAAAAACUUUGCCUUAUGUCAACCAAGCUGUACGAACUACAUCUUCCUCGAAAUAAGAAGUUGAAGAUCACGAAACUUUUCACAACCUUUGCGACGCAAACUCCAACGGAUGCGAAGUUCAACCUUGUAGAAAGCGAUUGGUAAAAACAAUAGUAGCAACAAUCAAAUUUUAACUGUAACAAAAAAUAAUCAAAACGAAACAAAACCAUAGCAAAAAAAAAGCUGUAUUGUGUUAAGGGUGAAUGUUUAAAAAUGAGAAUCGAGUUUUAACGAGCAAACCAAAGAACGAAGCUGAAAACCGUGUUUGUCGUGGUCAUCUGUAGCUGGUUUUAAAAGUGGAUGAUUUUUCAUAAACAAUAGAAUGCAAACGAUUACAGGAAUAGGACAAGAAGAGAGAUAACAAAAAGCAAAGCAUCCUUCACGAGCCGAGUCCAAUUAGAUUGGUAUGCUUAAAUGAAAAGAAUCAAAAGGUAGAAUACGAAAAAAAUUCAACAAUAGAAAGCAUUCAAAGUAACCAGCAAUUAAUUCGUGAAGAACCAAAGCGCCAGCGCUAAUAAAUUUCAAGGCUAGUUACCCCGAAUGUGUCGAAUAGCGGCUUCCAAAAAUCGGAACACAGCUUAACAUAUAUAUGUCGAGUAUCGAAAAACUACAGAAUGACAUACCAGAAGGCAAACGUCAAACAUCAUAAGCAAAACAACUGACAACAAGUCGGUGCAAACAGUUAAUCCUAUGUAAAUAACGAACCAGUGACAGUACAGCUUCAGCUGUCACUUUCAAUUGAUGAUUUCGAUGUAGAACAAAAAAGCAGAAAAUUAAAUGGUAGUAAACUAAAAUGUUGAUUUCCGAACUGUUGUUUUCGAAUAACAUAGAAAUUUUUCCUUAAAAAGACGAAUCGAAGUGUGUUGAAGGUAUUAACAAAACAAUUAUACUGUUGUCUCCAGUUAGCCAUAUUCAAUGUCACAUGUCAUUUGACUGCAAAUCCUGACGUGUCUGUAGAACUGGGUGCUGAAAACCCAAACAAAUCAAAAAUCUUCUAACAACCCCCGCCUCUCAAAGGUUUGAUGAUUUCGUUUGAGUAAUUUCUACGGAUUUUUAACGAAAACAAAAAUACACUGUAGCGACAACACAAUUGCAAAUCGAGCAAUUUGCUAAUUGACCAUAACAAUUGAAAAACCAAACAUGUAAAUGUAUUUUAUGCGAUUCGAGUAAUUGGUUACUCAUCACUAUAAUGCAUUGAAUAAAGAGUAAAAAUAAAACCAAUUUAAACUCUCUUUUCUAGUCUAAUAUGUAAAAAGCAAAUGAGAAAACACUUGUUUGAUUCGAGUAUAUUACAACAGCAUAAAUGAAUCGAAAUAAUCUUACUUAUAGUUGAGGUACUAUAUAUUAAUAACGAACAGGAAAUUUAAUCCAACCAGCACUGUUUAAAUUGAAUAAAAAAUAAAAUAAAAAGAUACAUUUCAAUAUUCAAACUACAAUAAAUUCUACAACUCUCACAUACACAAUCGAACGCAACGCAAUUGUACACUUAAAUAGAAGAAGCGAACUAAUCCAUGUACCACUUUAUCACUAGCAAACCUCAAAAACUCAAAAACCACUCUCUUAAAAAACCACACGAAAAUAAAACAACCCCCAAAUCCUUGACUUUAACGCCAAACGUACGCGUUGUACUCUUAGAGGAGCAAAACCAAAAUAGAUGAAAAAACAAAGUUUAACGAUAAAAAAACGUAGGUGAACAAUAGAACCAAAAGCUGCUACCAUACAUCUACCACUCGAAAACGCAAUUCGCAACUCAAUAGAAACUAGCUGUUCGAAUAAUCAAUAUCUACGCAAAUGUAUGGCAGACAGGAGAGACGAAAAUAAAUAAAAACAAAAGAAACACCCGCUGAAUCAAAAACCAGAGUCAAACAAAUUUCAACAAAGUUUGCUUCCUAAUUGCUCUCAAUCAAAACUAGUUACGACAAACAGAAACAAAUAAAAAAACGAAGAUCAAAUAAUCAAACAGUCACAAACAGAUAAAGCUAACACUACUGGUGGGCGAAACAGAAACAAGCGAAAUGGUGAAAAUCAAAAUAAUUUGUCCCAAAUACACAUCUAAAAACAAUAAAAUACAUGGACAAAGCGGUUGCAAUGAAUAAAUAAAAACAAAUAAACAGCAUCUGGUUUGAAAGGUAAUUAUACUCAUCAUAAGUAUAGGGAAAUUAAUAAAACUGAAAACCGUAUAUCAUAGAAAAAAACAAACAAA